AUGUCGAGUUCGUCAAGCACCAACAUCAGAACGUGCUAUUGUGGAGAUAGGGUUGGAAUGUGGACAUCAUGGACUCGAAAGAAUCCAGGUCGGAGGUUUUUUGGUUGCCCAAAUUACAUGGAUGAAGAAAAGGACUGUGGGUAUUUUCGUUGGAUUGACCCACCACUAUUGAAUAAGUGGUAUAAAGAAAGAAUGUAUGAGUUAGGAGCUGUUGCUAAUGGGGGUGUAGCUAUUCCUUUUAAUAACCCUGUUAAUGAAGGUGACAUACCUGUUGAUGGCCCUAUUGCCCUUGUGAAUGUUGAUGUCCCUAUUGCCCCUGCGAAUGCUCUUGAACCUGAUAAUCAAAUUGCAAUGUGUGACAAUACACAUGUUUUUAGUAAUGAAUUUGGAUUCUGCAAGUGGAUGAUGGUUUGUUUUGUUUGUUUCAUUGUAGGGAUGAUGUAUGGUUAG